CAUCUUCAACGGGAUAUGACGUUUAAUUACAAAAAGUCUGUAAAGAAGAGAGAAAAGUUUUUUUACUCUUUUCAAGAAAUUUUUGUAUUUUUUGACAAUAAUUGCAAUUUAAUGAUAAAUUUAUCAAUUAAAAAUAAGUUGGAAAUAUAGAAAACUUUUUUUUGAGUAUUUAAUCAAAAUUCAAAAGAUACAAAAUAGAGAAAACAAUAAAUGAGAACCACUGUUUACCAUUAAGUGUAACAUAACCUCACUUUCUUGGUUAUGUUCUCAACACGAUUGACAUCCAAAUGAUCCAAAUAAACAUGAUUUAAACUGUUUGAAUCAAUUAAUUAUAAACAAACGUGGUGGUAUAUUUAUAUUUUGAUAAGUAUUUAAACAAUCAGAAAUAAACAAUGGCAGGAAACGUUGUAAACCAAGGCCGGGAAUUGGCUUUUCAAAUGUUAAGAAACCUGCCCCGGGUUUGUAUAUCAAAUCUCAAAAAUCAUCCCGGAGCAGUAAAAAAGAAUAAAAGAGGAAGAGGACAGCAUGGAGGAGACAAACACGGUCUCGGAAAUAAAGGUUCAAAGGCUAGACAAAAUUAUACGCGACCUGGAUAUGAAACUGGAAACAAUCCAUUUUAUCUGAGAUUCGGAAAGGAACCUUACUACAAAGGACAUCAUCUAAGAAGAGAAUAUCCUCCGCUAUCUUUAUUAAAUUUACAAAAAUUGAUUGAUACAAAUAGAUUAGAUGCAACUAAACCUAUAGAUCUUGUAAGUUUAGUUAAUACUGGUGUUUAUUCUGUACAACCCGAUAUAAGACAAGCUGGUGUUCAACUUACAGACGAGGGAAUAGAAAUAUUUUCAGCAAAAAUCAACAUUGAAGUUCAAUGGGCAACGGAACAUGUGAUUGCUGCCAUUGAGAGAAACGGUGGCGUUAUAACAACUUCCUUCUAUGAUCAGCACAGUUUGCAGUGUAUGAUAAAUGCAGAGAAAUUCUUCAAAAGGGGUGAAGCGAUUCCUCGUCGACUUUUACCACCGACCGAUUGUCUGGAAUAUUAUUCAAGUGCCGCGACUCGAGGAUAUUUGGCGGAUCCCGAGAAAGUCUCCUGGGAACGACUUGUAUUGGCGCAGAAGUACGGUUACACUUUACCAAAAAUUGAGGACGAUCCAAAUUAUGAAAUGCUCUUGGAAAGAAAGGAUCCGAGACAAAUAUUUUAUGGUUUGGCACCUGGUUGGGUUGUGAGUCUUCGAGAUAAAGUAAUUCUCAAACCAACUGCCGAAUAUCUCAAAGAAUAUUAUGCAAGUUAGAGUAAAUAUGUUGAUUUUUAAUUGAAUAAAAAUUAUCUUAGACAAAA